AUGAUAGCCAAAGAAGGCAAUAGCAUGCAACCGGACAAGCAGCCGUCAGGUGACCAACCAAUUCCUGAAGAACCACGCGGCAAAACGCGCACCCGCCGCAGUCAACAGGAGAUUUACGGUGACCAGCCAACUCGCAAGAGUGACCGGACACCAAAGCCAAAGAGGAAGCACGAUGAUUACGUCAACAGCGUUUUCACGGCCCUGCUUCCAGCGGAUCAACAUCCAGAGGAAACCUCGAAACAUUUCAUAGUGUCUUUCUUGCCGCAGUCUCUAAGACGGCACGAGAUCAUCGAUUUCACCGCGAUGACCUUGUACGACUCCCUAAACGCUACCAGGAUCUAG